ACUGCGUAGCAGAGCUGUCAAACGACUGAACUAUCUUUAACCACUGCGAUUGUGUUUUAAUGAGAAAACAAAUGCCACAUAUGGUGGUACCGCGAGUUUACAUUACGAUUUGAGCUAACUACAAGCAAGUUAGCCAACUGGCCGCUACUAGCUCGUGCAUGGUGAGUAGACCGACUGGCCUGCAAACUAUUGCAAUGAGAUGGAAGUAACUGAGUUUGGCCUGUCAUUUCAUCAAGUUGUUGUUGAAGAGUCCAACAUCUCAUCAUCUUCAUGACAAACGACAAGGGCUGUAAAGGGUUGCCAAGCAGUUAUCGAAAAUGUGAAACCUUCAUGGAGAAGUCCCCCACAGAGUUACCAGUGAAGAGACAAUGAUGGAUCGGAACAAGCGCAACUCCAUUGCCGGCUUCCCCUCCAUGAGGCCAGACCGUCUUGAUGACCUGGAUGGUGGAGGGGAGUGGGCCCCGUCUCAGGUGGGAAGAGUGUGCCCCUCAUCCUACCGCGCCCUCAUCAGUGCCUUCUCCUGCCUGACGCGCCUUGAUGACUUCAUCUGCGAGUGGAUUGGCUCCGGCUUCUUCUCAGAGGUCUACAAGGUGCGCCACAGAGUGUCGGGCCAGGUGAUGGCUCUGAAGAUGAACAAACUGAGCAGUAACCGCGCCAACAUGCUGAGAGAGGUCCAACUGAUGAACAGACUGUCCCAUCCCAACAUCCUCAGGUUCAUGGGUGUGUGUGUUCAGGAAGGCCAGCUCCAUGCUCUGACUGAGUACAUCAACGGUGGGAACCUGGAGCAGCUGUUGGACAGCAACAAGCCUCUGAGCUGGGCAGCCAGGAUCAAGCUGGCCUGUGAGAUCGCCAAUGGCCUGGGCUACCUGCACUCCAAAGGCAUCUUCCACCGGGACCUCACCUCCAAAAACUGCCUGAUCAAGUCCGAUGAGAACUGCUACACCGCAGUGGUUGGAGACUUUGGUCUCGCUGAGAAGAUUCCCAACUAUGAUGGUGAGGGGGAGAAGCUGGCUGUGGUGGGCUCUCCCUUCUGGAUGGCCCCUGAGGUGCUGCGAGAUGAACCCUACAAUGAGAAGGCAGAUGUGUUCUCCUACGGUAUUGUCCUCUGUGAGAUUAUUGCCCGAAUACAGGCCGACCCAGAUUACCUUCCUCGCACUGAAAACUUUGGCCUGGAUUAUCAUGCCUUCCAGCACAUGGUAGGAGACUGUCCUCCUGACUUCCUGCAGCUGGCCUUCAACUGCUGCAAUAUGGACCCCAAGCUGCGACCCUCGUUCCCUGAGCUGGUAAAGAGGCUGGAGGAGAUCCUGUGUCGGCUAAAGGCCGAGGAGUCUGAACGAGAGAGGAUCCCCCUCUGUGGGGACAACGAUAAGAAAACCAUCCCUAAAGGUGACAAGGUCCAGGGGAUUAAGAGGUUGAACCCGUUGGAUCUGGAGGAUGAUAAGAUGUCUCCCAAGUCACCUCGUCCUCGCCGCAACAUCUGGCUGUCCCGCAGCCAGUCAGACAUCUUCUCCCGCAAGCCCAGCCGGAAGGUCAAUGUCCACGACCCCUACUACAACCCGGGCCCCAGGGCUGUACCAGGGGCCCGCAAGAUCAACCCCUUCAAUGCCCGCGAGGACCUGUGCGGAGGCAAGAUCAAGUUCUUCGACGUGCCCAGCAAGUCUGUGUUCUCCCUGAUGUUCGACCUGCACUCUCCCCAGGAUAAUGUGUUCUCCUCUGGGACCCAGAUCCACUCUGGAGCCCACAUCCACCCAGGUAUGUGGCAGGAGACCUGGUUUACUGGCAGACAGUGCCGUUCUCUGCCCGCCUCCCCCCAGCUGGCCCUCUUGGAUGGCUGCUGCCCCCUUUCUGCCACUGUCUCCAAGUGUGACCCGGCACAGCUGGGCCAAGAGGUCCGACAGAAGGUGCUCAGCGCCUGGGCCGGGAAAUAUGCUGUGAUGGAGAUCCCUCCAUACUGUGGAGGGAAAGAAACAAUGGAGGAGGAGAACAGAGUAGAUGAGAGCGGGUCUCUCUCUCCCAUGCCCAGUGACCGUACAGAGGCUAUGGACUGCUCUAGCAGCCAAGGGAGUCCAGAGGAGGACAACGUCAAAGACAAACAUGUCUGCUGCCCCAUGCAGGCCCAGAAUGGAGGCCCAGUGAAGGACAGUAGGAAUGCUGUGUCUGAGGAGAUGGAGGCUGAAGACCAGGAGGACAUGCAGCUGCAGAGCACUCCCUGUCCAACUGUCACUAUCAGCCCAGCCACAAACCAAGACCAUCUGAAUCCCAUCAUACUGGUUCCUUGUACGGCCCCACACUCCUCCACAGAACUGCCCUCUAAGUGUGACAUCAUCUAGGCCUUAAACAGGUCAAGGAGAAAGGGAGCCUUGUUGUGAACUCGUUUUUAACCUAGAGAGACACUCCUCAGAUAGGAAUGAUGACGUGUGAUGAUGAUCAAUGCUCUGCAUAUAUUCUUUAUUUUUUAAAGAUUUCUAUUUAAUAUACUGAAAAAUUUGUAUUUUAUUUCUUAAAAAGGCACCCCUAAACCAGGGGUCUCAUAAUUUGUUGAGGUUCUGUGUGUAUGCUGGUUUUAAAUCACUGCCUUCUCCUUGAUAUUCAAUGGUAUGGUGUUUAUCUUCUGCCCCAUGUGGAAAUGUAGGAGAGUAGAUGCAUAUGAUAUUAAAGUAACACUGCUAACACUUACCAGGGAGAAAGGGUUGAAUUCUGAAUGAAAAACAGCAUACUCACUGUCUUUCCAACAUUGAGACCCCCACCCCUACAUCAUCUUGAUUAGUGGUAUUUCUGUACUAUACAAUGGUGCCUGCCAGAAAGGAGAGCCAGACCAUAUCAAGGCUAGUAAAAUUAGUGUGGUUCACCAGACUACAGAGGUCUCUUAUGGAGACUAAACAUAAAUGGCUCUUAAAUUUGCGGUAAAACCAAAUACUGUUUGUGUAAAUGUGCACGCCCACUGGAAAUGGUUUGUAUGUACCUUUUUAACAUUUCUAUGAUUUAAGCGUUUGGUAUAACCUGAGUGUCCAAACAUUGGGAACUGCUGUUUCCAUGACAGACUGACCAGUUGAAAGCUAUGAUGUCACCUGUUAAAGCCACUUCAGUAUAGAUGAAGGGGAGACCGGGUAAAUAAGGAUUUUUUAAUUUUUAGACAUGGCUUGUGUGUGUGUGUGUAUCAUUCAGAGUGUGAAUGGACAAGACAAAAUAUUUAAGUGCCUUUGAACGGGGAAUGGUAGUAAUUGCCAGGUGUACCAGUUGAGUUUGAGUGAACUGCAACGCUGCUGGGUUUUUCACGCUCAACAGUUUCCCGUGUGUAUCAGAAUGGUCCACCACCCAAAGGACAUCCAGCCAACUUGACACAACUAUGGGAAGCAUUGGAGUCAACAUGGGCCAGCAUCACUGUGGAAGGCUUUCGACACCUAGAGUCCAUGCCCUGACAAACUGAGGUUGUUCUGAGGGCGGGGGGGGUUAUUUUAUGUCCGUCCUCCAUCAUGAAAAAUUAUGGCUUCAUGAUUGAUAUGUGUUGAAAACGUGUGGCUUGAAUGUGGGAUGACAUGUUGAGGUGGGUCCUAUUUUGGCCUUAAGUUGAAAGCUCUGUUGGGUAUAAGGAACACUAGUUGGCAUGGAUGCAUCUCUCACACACACACCAGUUGGCAUGGAUGGAUCACUCACACACUUUGGUUCACUACUCUCUUGGCACAUGUUUUGGUCUACUGAAAUUUUCUUGUCUACCCACUUUAAUAGGAAAUUGCACUUGAAAGGAAAACAUUUGAACUUUAUCACAAUUUCUAUGCAAUAAAUGUAAACUGCAUCAGGAUAAUUUUACAUAGAGGAUCUAUUUUGAUGUAAAAAUCAAUAUUCCUUUUUAGGUCUUACUGUUUGAGGUGUGUGUGUGGAUGCCAUGGUGUGAUGGAGAUGUUAACUAUCCUUUGUUUUUUCCUCUGUCUUGGCUGAUGUAUGAACAUGUAACAGGAUCUUUCAGGCAAAGCUGAAGAGCUUACAAUUCAAUCGUUUUUUACAUUGAUAAAGAACAUGUCCGCAAUCGUUUUUUAAAAUAAAUUGUUAACUUUAGCUUCUUAUGCUUAUUUCAGUGUGAUCCUAUGAACAUAGUCAUACCGAGUGCACUACAGGCUGAUGGGGACUAGUGUGAAAUCGGCUCACUUUUCCUGCCAAACCUCACCUCAAGUUGUUUAAGACACAAAUGACCAUGUUUGUCAUAACCAAGGAAAAGCCUUUUUAUUGAAACCUAAUACUGUAUCAACAAACAUUUAAGAUGUGCAACAGCAUGUCUAACUAAAAAGGCUUUAUUAUAAACGAGGAAUACAUUUGGUUCCAUUGAAUGUUUAUACAGUUCCCUCUGCUUUGCUUGCCACACUGCUAGAAAAGCUUUUUCCCCACACAAUGUCCAUCUUGUGUAUGUGAGCCUUUGAGGACUUGGAGAAGGUGCUCUUGACAAUAUGCAUCGGGACAGAUUUGCCACUGAGGUAAACUUUGUUCAGGCACUCAGGGAGCCAGGACUCUGAACACGGUGGCUCACCCACUCUCCCUGUCAGAGUGGCGGCAUAGGAGAAGAUGUAGCCGGUCAUGAAUGCAUCGAACCCUGCCCGGUGGGAACCUCCUUCCAGCUUCUUCCUCUUGGACUUUUCUUUCUUCACUGCAUCAGAUGUGGCCAGAGGCUGUGGUUCUGACACAUCAUUGCCUUCCACCUUUUCUUUGUCAGUCUUAAUUUCUUCAUCUGCAGACACAGCCUGUGGCUCUGCGACUCCGUUGCCUUCCUCUACCUUCUCGGUUAUCAUUUUCUCACUGCUCUCUGACCCCUGUACCGGAGUCCCAUCUACCUGCUCUGUGUCAGGGAUCACCUGGUCCGGGCCCUGCUCUCCAUCCUUCAG